UAGCUAGCAACUUCCCUCUCUGUGGUUUUUCUCUGUCAUUCCCUUGAUAAAAGAACUAGAGCUGCGUAAAUAUAACCAACAUUCACGAGGCUCAUCUUCACCUAAAAACACCCGCCUUUCAAGGAGCGAGCUGCCUGAAAAAUGAUGCACGAUGUGCUCUAAACUGGGUCAUUCUCCACCCCGAGGGCUCGGCGCGCAGUUGACUUUCUGUGUGUAUCCCCCGUGCCAUAGGCUUCGAGCAUCUUCGACAGUCCAGAGAGAGAGAGAGAUGGGAAACAGCAUGAGAUCCACUCCGGCGCCUCCCGAGAGGCCUCUGCCCAACCCCGAUGGACUGGACAGCGACUUCCUGGCGGUGCUGAGUGACUACCCAUCUCCUGACAUCAGCCCCCCCAUAUUCCGCCGGGGGGAGAAACUGCGCGUGAUUUCUGAUGAAGGGGGCUGGUGGAAAGCCAUCUCCCUUAGCACUGGCCGAGAGAGCUAUAUUCCUGGAAUAUGUGUGGCCCGAGUUUACCAUGGCUGGCUGUUUGAAGGGCUGGGCAGAGACAAGGCUGAGGAGCUGCUGCAGCUGCCAGACACGAAGAUGGGCUCCUUCAUGAUCAGAGAGAGUGAGACCAAGAAAGGUUUCUAUUCCCUCUCGGUGAGACACCGGCAGGUGAAGCAUUACCGCAUCUUCCGCCUGCCAAACAACUGGUAUUACAUUUCCCCGAGGCUCACCUUCCAGUGCCUGGAGGACCUGGUGAAUCACUAUUCCGAGGUGGCUGACGGCCUCUGCUGUGUGCUGACCACACCCUGUCUCACUCAGAGCACGGCCACCCCAGCAGUGAGGGCCUCCAACUCGCCCGUCACCUUGCGCCAGAAGACUUUCGACUGGAAGAAGGUGUCCAGACUGCAGGAGGACCCCGAGGGGGCAGAGAAUCCACUCGGUGUGGACGAGUCCCUUUUCAGCUACGGCCUUCGGGAAAGCAUCGCCUCCUACUUGUCCCUCACCAGUGAUGACAGUGCCUCCUUCGAUCGAAAGAAGAAAAGCCUCUCCUUGAUGUAUAGCGGCAGCAAGAGAAAGAGUUCCUUCUUCUCAUCUCCACCAUACUUUGAAGACUAGCCCGGCUACAGACACUGUGGUGCGUGCCCCAAAGGAACAGAGGCUGGAACUCUCACCUAGGAUCUUGCAGAAAAGCAGGUUCCCUGGUCCCUGGGGAACCUCAUGUCUUCCAGAAGCCAAGAGAAGCCACAUGGAGACUCGAACUCGCAUCUUCUCUAUCCACACCAUGACAAAGGGAACCCCUCCCUGGUGUCUGAUCAGUACGGGACAUCACAAAAUGUUGACUCUUGACGUGAUCAGGCAACAUUUCAGAAGAGCCCUGCGUGUAUGUGUGUGCUUGUCAUGUUUGUGGGAAAGACAGACACUCUCUCAUAGGAAAGUGCGCAAGGACCAUUCUCCAACAAACCGUCCAGAGGGUCACACUCUGAGGUCAUUGGAGAGAACUUCUGAAUGAAAAAAGAAGAUGAUGAGCCAAAAGCUGUGGCCUGGCAGAAGGUCCUGGUUUGGCAAAUUGGUCCCCUGCAUUGAACUUUUUUAACCAAUCCCUAAAGAGAUCUUUGGUAUGCAGCUCCUGUUUUUUUAAAGGAACUCAGUGACACUAAAUGUCAACCUUUCUUAUUAACCCUGAAUCAGGAGAUCCCUUUGGCCCGCUGGUGCCAAAACCACACGUGCAGAAAUCAGAUGGCCGCACUACUUCUGCAGAGGGCAGGGGGAACGGGAGGAGAGAGGAGCUGCUGGUGGGGAGAGCAGGACAGUGGCCUGGAACUGUGCAAGCUGUCACAAUGUCCCCAGCCACAGCUUUGCAGCACAGAAGGAGCUUCCCUGGCAUGCUGAGAUUCUUGCCUAUAUUAACACCUCAAUUACUCAUUCAUGAUGGCCUGAAGAGGCACUGUGUUAAGUCCCAUGUAAGACAUCAGAUCAAAAAAGAAAAAAAGAUGCAUAAGCCACAGCCCCCAGCAGAGGUGCUCACGGUGUAAACAGGGAGAGGGGUAUAUAAACAAGGGUGAAAGUGGGUGUAAAAGGAGAAAUCAGCUCCUGGCUUCUGGAGGGCCUGCGGUCAGGUAAGGGGAACCUAGGAGCUCAUGUUUCAGCUAGACCUUCAGAGAGUGGAAGAUUGGUUGGAUUUUUUGAAAAAAGGAAAUCAAUAAGUUCUAAAGAGUUAAUUUAUCCAGUAUUUUAUUCUAAGAAGGGUUUGUCAUCCAUGUGAAUAAAAAUGCCGAGCUCCAGGAAAGAUGGGAGUCAGAGGGGCUCAAUUGUGUCAUAUAUCGUUUUAAGUGAUGAGAGAGAAAACACAGUGAAGAUCUAGAGAAGAAGCAUUUAUCUCCAGACCACCCACCUGGAUCUUGUAGGAAGGGGUCUGCAGAUGCAUCCAUGACUCAUUUUCCCCUGUUGCAAAGGGAUUCAGGGGAGAAGGAGUGCAUGUGGUAUCUCUCACUGCCUGACAUGAGAAGUCUGUCUGUUCACCAUAUGCAUUCCAUAGAUCUGAGAUCAUGUGCUAGUGGCGUGUGUAUAUGCAUUUAAAUGAAUUUCUGUAUCAUCAGAUUCCAGUGUGUUUAUACCAGAAGACAUUUGUGGUUUCCUCAACAAUCCCAAAAGGCUGUUUCAAAUGACCAGCCAAUGUAUGGGAAAUGAAUGUAUCAGUGUGGACAUUGACUUCCACCAUAAGGCAGGGUGACCUCACAAACUCUAGAUGUUUGUACAGUGUCUUAUGUAUUGUUUUCCGUUGUGACUAAUGUGGUUGGAACGUUUGGGGAGUACUCAGAGGGAUUUCUAAGUGGGAAGCAUUACAUUUUGCUAAAUCAUGUAUUUAUUCCUGAUUAAAAUAAACCUAAUAAAUAUUUAACCAUUAGAA